UCAGAUGAGAGAGACUAGUCGGAAACACAGGACUGAAUUGGAGGUGGAAGAGAAGCAGUCAGGUAGGAGGUAGGGGAGCGAAAGUGAGCGCGUCUCCAAGAAUGGGCAAGAAGGAACGGAUCACUGCGAAAAGGUGACAAGCAGGAAGGUUCGCGGUGGGCGAUAGCGAGGAGGCUCGUAUCGGGGCGAGUUGGUGCUCAUUAAUCUUCGUUCGAUCAUCCAUCGAUCGCGAAAAGUGCGGAGAAUGCGUGCGGAAUGUGCCGCUAUCUUCAAUGGACGGAAAAAUGCGAUGAUGAGGUGCAUCGUGGCAUAACUGGUACCACAAUUCGCUAGCACGCAAAAGAGAUUGUAAGGAGAGGAAAAGAGAGAGAAAGAAACAAGGAGAGACGCAUGCCACACAUGCUACGACGUGCUGAUGCGAUACAAGCCAGUGAUUCUCACCUCGCAUCAUGAGAUAGCGAAUGGAAAAAAGCUUGUUCCUUGCGCAUACCUUGAUGUGCAUUCAGUGAGCGUGAAGCCGCGGUGACGUAAACGCUCGCACGAACCGUCAGUCUCUGUAAAUACAACUGAAAAAGUGUUCUUCUCGGCGGCAGGAUGACGAGGAAGCUCAGUAAAUUCUUAAUACUUUUCGAUAAUACAAAUCUACUCUAUUUUCCUGGACACUUUUUGUCCGGUCGUGUUCUCAUAGAACUGGACGAUGAGGCUUAUGUAUCGGGAUUACAUUUCCAUGUUGUGGGAGAAGGUGUAGUUCGGGUACGCAGUCAACGUGCCGAAAGAGUUUACGACAAAGAGAAUUACAUCGAUUUUCGCAUGCGACUGUUGGGCGAACCAGGCGAAGGGCCGUCAUUGCUAUCGCCGGGAAUACACAGCUUUCCCUUCAAAUUGGGUUUACCAUUGGGUCUACCUUCUACUUUCCUCGGAAAGCAUGGAUGGGUGCAAUAUUAUUGUAAAGCGGCUCUUCGCGAACCAGGUGGACUUACGCAUAAAAAUCAACAGGUCUUCAUUGUUAUGAAUCCGAUCGACUUAAAUCUGGAGCCUCCGAUAUUAGCGCAACCUGCGAGACAAGAGAUCGAACAACGUGUGGGUGUCUCUUGUGUAUCGGGCGGUCCUGUAUUUUGCAGAGUGAGUCUGGAUCGGGGUGGAUAUGUACCUGGGGAAACGAUCGGUAUUUCUGCGACUGUCAGCAAUCGCAGUAAGGUGACGAUGAAGUCGACCAAGGCGUCGCUCACCGAAACAAUACAAUACUUGUGUCGGGGUAAAGUGCUCGCUAGCGAGACCAGGGAGCUGGCGAGCGUUUCCAGGGGAAAAAUUCGACCGGGCGAAGGCGAGGAAUGGUUGAACGAACAAAUGUACGUUCCUCCUUUGCCGCCGACGAAUUUGCGAGGGUGUCACUUGAUCAACGUCCUUUAUCAUGUUUAUUUCGUCAUAAGUCCCAAGAGUUUGGACAAGGAGAUCAAGUUGCAAAUACCGAUCGUAUUGGCUACGUAUCCAUUGAGGCCGGAAGGUGCACCAGCUGGUACGGCGCCAUCCAAACGGGGCGCCCAUUAUCCAUCGACGCUACCCAUCUUCCGACCUUGGCUCGACGAUAAAGCUUUCGAAAUACAAGAAUGAAAACCAACGUAUAUAUAGACGUAUGUUAUAAAUAUAUCGAGUUAUUAUGUGAACAGAUAGUACCUUGGUUAAAGGGGUACUAAUUUUUUAUGAUCAUAACUGCGCGCACACGCGCUUAUAUAUACAACAAAAAUCUUCAUCGAUUUUCACAUUGCUAGUCACAACAACGCUUGUGUAAAAUUUUAAAGAAUCGUUGAUGAUUUUUGGAAAUAUUGAAUUUGCGAAAAUAUAUAUAGUUGUUAAAAAACUUUAAUUAUAUUAAAUUUUAUAAAUACUGACACAGUACGUUAACUCUAUCAAUUGUCUUUAUGGGGUGAAACAGAGAUGUGUAAAAUUGUAUAAUACUGUAAAAAAUAAUUGGUAUUGAACAC